CUGCAAUCAACCAAGCACUCCAAGCAAGCCAGCAAGACUCCUCCUCUUCUUCCAACCAACCAACACCAACUUCAAAUCAUGUCUGGACGUGGCAAGGGCGGCAAGGGCCUCGGAAAGGGUGGUGCCAAGCGCCAUCGCAAGAUCCUCCGCGACAACAUCCAGGGUGUGACCAAGCCCGCCAUCCGCCGUCUCGCUCGCCGUGGUGGUGUCAAGCGCAUCUCCGGCCUCAUCUACGAGGAGACCCGCUCUGUGCUCAAGACCUUCCUCGAGAACGUCAUCCGUGACGCCGUCACCUACACCGAGCACGCUCGCCGCAAGACCGUCACCGCCCUCGACGUUGUCUACGCUCUCAAGCGCCAGGGCCGCACCCUCUACGGCUUCGGCGGCUAAGCGAGCCAACCCUUUGUUCCCACGACUUGCCUCAUAUGUGGUCUUCCCCUGUCUCCCUCCCCUCUAUCUCUCUCUUUUAUCGAUCCCUUCCCUCGCCCCUCUCUUUGCUCCUCGUGUACAUACUCGACACCGCCGCAGGUUGCGUGUGUGUGCCUUGUGUCCGUUCUCGCUGUACGGUUGAACGGAAGAGCUCUGGUUUUGCUGUGGUGGCUCUUUGGGCUUGUCCGGCCUUGUUUCCUUCGCUGGCUGUGCGUCGCCUCCUUUGUCCUCUGUGCUGAUGGCACGCCUCGAGUAAACUUGGCUCUUCUCAAAAGCCACAAACCAACAA